GAAAGUGGAAGUGGUCGGAGCAAAACGUAUUUUACUUUUUAAACUAAAUUCAAUGUUUACAGAACGGUUCGCUUACUGUUUUUUGACAUAAUUUAUAAAUAUAAAAAGCUUGUCAUAUCAGAGCUUCGAUAGUCAGCUGAUAACUGCGAACACUGUGCAAAAACCAACAAAUUUGUCAAAACAAGCGUCCAAGAUACCGCUGGUGAAAGCUCAGCGCAUUUCGCCGAUUGAUUCCCUCGGUCUAGAUAUUCAGUCAUCGUGAUCAGGGGAAGACCUCUGAGCUGUUGGGCGAGAAGGCUACUCAAUAUGGGGUGUGACGAGAAGCAAGAUUCCGCCGGUGGAAGACUGAGGGUCCAGGACAUUCCGUCCCUCACUCAAGACCACUGCCGCAUGCAGGAUCCGGCGAAAGUGGAGCGUAUCAUCAACGAGUUUGUUUUCGGAGGACCGGAACGUAUGCAAAUAGUGUCUGACUUCGACUACACCAUCACUAAACAGCGUACGGAGGACGGAGGAGCGGUUCCCUCCAGCUUCGGCAUUUUCAAUGCCUGCCAAUCGCUACCGAAGAAUUUUAAGGAGGAGACGGACAAGCUGUACCACAAGUACAGGCCCAUAGAGAUCGAUCCGCAUAUGCCCAUUGAGGAGAAGGUGCAGUACAUGAUCGAGUGGUGGACUAAGUCGGGAAAACUGACUAGCGGCUUCGCCUUUGACCAGUCCGAAAUAGAUCAGAUAGCUAGCAAGUACAAGCAUGCGCUACGUGACCGCACACACGAGUUCUUCGGGGACUUGGAGCGCCUAGGCAUUCCCACACUAGUCUUCUCCGCCGGAUUGGGCAACUCGGUGGUCUCCGUGCUCCGUCAGGCCAACAUUAUGCAUCCGAAUGUAAAGGUUGUCUCCAAUUUUCUUCAGUUCAGGGAUGGUCUUUUGGAUGGUUUCCAACAGCCGAUGAUUCACACCUUCAAUAAGAACGAAACCGUGCUGAAUGGCAGCGACUACUAUGACCUGGUGCACACUAGGGACCAUAUCAUCGUCAUGGGCGAUUCAAUUGGAGAUGCUGACAUGGCUUCUGGGGUGCCAGCCUCCUCGCACAUCAUGAAAAUCGGCUUUCUCUUCGAUCACGUUGAGGCUAACAUGGAGAAGUACAUGAACACUUUCGAUAUUGUUCUUGUGGACGAUCAGACAAUGGAUGUGCCGAGGGCUCUACUUGCCCUCAUCGAAAAGCAGCACCAGCUGAACCUCCAGGCCGCUAAACAGAGCUCGCUCUAAUUCUCCGAGGUACAAUAGAGCUCCACGGUCUGAAAUGUACUCUUAGCUGCUCCUGCUUUCUCAUUAGCAGGCUAGUUGCUAAAUAGAAAACAACAGAAGCUACUAAUUAGGUGGUUUAGUUUUAAACAUUUUACUCAUCUUUACGAAUGAAUGUAUAUUUCAUAAACUUCAAUCAUAUUAAAGGCAACGUUUUGCUUUGCAUAAAAAAAAAUGUAAUCGCAUUACAUAGAUAUUUUUUGUUUUGGUGCAAAACAAGUUGUGUAGUACCUUGCUUAAAAUAAGCUUAAAAAUAUUAAAUUGAAGUUAAAGUAA